AUGAAUAAAUGCGACCGGCUCCAGUUUGUUCUGCACGGAUUAAGGAACAAGAGGGGGCCCAUACAACUGCAAUCCAAGUAUGAGCCGUUGAGACCGCUGUUGGACAAGUUUGUCAAGCUCGAGCGUCAAGUAAGAUCAUCAAAACACUCCGCGCCUAGCCUGUCGCUCAAUUGGACCGCAACUCCUGAGCUACCCAAUUAUGCGGUGAAAAAGCUGCUACCGCCUCAGCGGAUAUGCGACGUUCUCCUGGAUGCAUACCUUACCACCUUUGAAUCGGUGUUACGCAUCUUGCAUGUGCCAUCGUUUCUUCGCGACUACGGACGGUUCUGGGCGGGCUCCUCGUCAACAUGGUCCCCUGACAUUGAAGAGUUAUUCCUGUGCAAGCUUGUGAUAUGUAUUGCUCUGGGAGCUUUCGUCAACCCCGAACUGGAUACUGCUGACAAGACUGUCUCUGAGCAAACCCAAGACGGCAUCUACUGGCGGGACCAAGCGAAAACCUGGAUUGCAUACGGCAGGCAAUGGUUAGCUCGGAAAGCAAUCGCUGGAUCACGGGCAGACUUGAACACUGCGCAAAUAAUAUGUCUGCUGGCGCUAUCACGAUACACCGGCCCAGUCAAUGCCACAUCAACCGGCUCACUGUGGUCUCCUGGCGACCAUGACCUCACGCGCUUGGCGAUACAGCUGGGUUUACAUCGAGACCCUGCUACAAUCGAUCCUGACAUGCCGGCCACCGAAAUUGAAGUUCGUCGGCGCUUGUGGGCGACGAUGCUGGAACUAUCCCUACAGCUAUGUCUUGAUCAUGAGUUACCAGCUCCCAUCUCCCCAGAAACCUACGACUGCGCGCCGCCAUCCGAUUUGGCAGACGAGGACGCGAGCACCAACGAUGCCGAUUCAACGUCAUCAUCUUUUCUUGCUAGUCUUUCUCCCGGCUACCGCAUGAUGAGGACGAAUUUCCUGGUGAUACUGACGCGGACGCAACGCCUGCGUCUUCGAAUCCUGCACGUCAUGCACUCUCCCGGAGCUGCAAAGACCUUGGACGACACGCACCGGCUCGCCGCUGAGCUGAAGGCCGCAUACUCGACAGAGCUUCGCAGGCUGCAGUCUCUGCCGAAGAAGCCCACCGAGUUCCAGAUCAAGCUCCUGGACACCCUCACCCUGCCCUUUGUCCUGGCACCACACGCAAAGUUCGCAGCUCAUCCUCUGCCCAGCCCGGCAUGCUAUUUUUCCCGCAAAGUGCGCAUGGAAAUCUCGGCGCUGCUCUUGACGAAUCAUCCCUCAGGCUUGGCAACGGUGACGCAGCCCCCGGCAGCUGGGCUCGACGAGGUUACUGCUGAUGCUGACGGCAUACCUGCCUUGCCCUCCAAUACGACCUCGUCUGCGGCCACGACCGCCACUACCAGCAGUAGUGCAUCCUAUGCUGCAAACUCGCUAACCGUUCUGCGCAUCCAUGGCCAAGGCCACUUCGCCACUCUGCAGUGGCACGCCAUUCUGGCCCUCUGUCUCGAUCUGAUAAGCGAGCUGAAGGACGAGUUUUUCUCUGCCGUCAGCGGGCCGGGCUGGCGCCAGGUCCAAGACACCAUCCAGGCCUAUGUCACCAUCUUGGAGCAGCGCGUCCGCACCUCGGGAGGAGCCACGUCCGCGCGCGAGUUGCUCUUUUGCUCGUGUGCAGCAGCCUACAUCGAGGCCUUGCUGGUGGGGGAUGGAGAGGCUGACCAAGCCAUUACAUCCGCAGCGUAUGCGGCGCUCACGCUGAGUUGCGACAUAAUGGAGCAGGGGCUGCAGCCGCGGCGUGGUAUCGCAUGA